AUGGAAAAGAUUCAACUUCAACGUCCCAAAUUGGAGAAGCUUCAAGCACAAACUCAAGAAGCCAAGAAGCAGCCACCAGUUUGGGACUGUGGCAGCUCACUCUAUGACUCUUUUGAGCUAAACUCCUUGAGGCUUCAACUUGAAUCAGCUCUCGUUUCAAGAAGUUUAUCAAUGUCCUGUUUACCCGAUCAUAGAGCUCCUCCACCGCCACCACCACCACCACCGCUAGGCAAGAAAUCUUCUUCCUCUUCCAAGUUUUCUCGGUCUCUUCAGAAGCUCCUCAAAUCGGUGUUUAAGUUUAAGCAAAGUUCUACUGCUAUGUUAAAGAUCCGGCAACGUUCAGGUGAUGAUUACGGCGUUUAUUAUGAUAAGACUGGAGCUCUUACAACGAUCCCAGAAGCAGCAGAGGAUGAUUUUGGUGGGUUCUCGCCGGAGAUCAAUUCUUUGACAAAGAGAACAACUUCCGAGAGACUUACAGUUUCUUCUAAUAUUACUAUUUCUUGUCUUUAG